AUGGCGCUUAAAAGUCUUGUCCUUGGAAACGGAGGAUGGCUCUUACUGUUAUCCUGGCUUCUCUUUGGAGUUUUGCCUCCGCAGUGUUUGUGCAGCAGCGUUGCCGGAGCCAGCGCAGAGCAUCCCGGUGUCUGUCCAAACAAACUGAACGCCAACCUUUGGGUCGACGCUCAAAGCACCUGCGAGCGAGAAUGUCAGAGAGACGAGGACUGUGCUGGAUUUGAGAAGUGUUGCACAAAUGUGUGUGGGCUUCUCAGCUGCGUGGCUGCACGUUUCUCGGAUGGAACGCUGGCACAGGAGGACUACCAAUCAGGCGUGAAGACAGCAGGAGGGGCAGGGUCUGCAGCCAGCUGCCAGGGUUUUAUCUGCAGCCAGCAGGGGGCAGUGUGUGAUAUCUGGGAGGGCCAGCCCGUCUGUAAGUGCCAGGACCGCUGUGAGAAGGAACCUAGCUUCACCUGUGCAUCUGAUGGACUCACCUAUUUUAAUCGCUGCUACAUGGAUGCAGAGGCCUGCAUUCAGGGCAUCACCCUCACUGUGGUUACCUGCCGCUACCAUCUGGCUGGACCCCACACCAGUCCUUUACCCCAGGACACCACUGCUCAGCCAACCCCAACCUCAGCCCAAGGAAGUGAUCCCUCCCCCCCGACCCUCUACACCAACCCCUCACAUCAGUCUGUCUACCUCGGCGGCACUGUUACCUUCCAUUGUGAUGUCACUGGUCACCCUAAGCCGGAUGUGACCUGGGAGAAACAGGUGGAGCGUAAGGAGCGGAUUGUGAUGCGCCCUGACCAGAUGUAUGGCAAUGUUGUCAUCACCAACAUUGGGCAGCUUGUUGUUUACAAUGCUCAGGUGUGGGACACAGGUAUCUACACCUGUAUUGCCCGCAACUCUGCUGGGGUCUUACGAGCAGAUUACCCGUUGUCCGUCAUUCGACGCUCAGAUGAUGAUUUUUUUGAUGAGAUGGACAUUAGCCUCCCCAUGGGGAGGCCGUUUUCUCCAGCAGACUGCCUAGCAGAGGUUGACCGGCGACAGUGUGGCGAGACCAGUGUAGACUGGUACUAUAACAGCAAACUGGGAUCCUGUCAAGCCUUCUCUAAUGGUGGCUGUGAGGGCAGCAGGAACCGAUUUGAGACGUAUGAGGAGUGCCGCGCCUCCUGCCAGCGGGAAGGCAUGGGCCUUUGCUCCCUUCCCGCAGUGCAAGGUCCCUGCAAGUCUUGGCAGCCACGCUGGGCGUAUAACUCCUUGCUGAAGCAAUGCCAGGCUUUUGUUUAUGGUGGAUGUCAGGGAAACCUGAACAACUUCCGCAGCAAGGUGGAGUGUGAGGCGAUGUGCCCUCAGCCCAAGAGCCGCCCCUGUAAGGCCUGUCGACCCAAAGGCAGGGUCGUCCCCAGCUUGUGCCGCAGUGACUUUGCCAUUGUGGGGAAACUGACAGAACUGAUCGAGGAUCUGGACUCAGGCAUUGCCCGGUUCAGUCUGGAGGAGGUUCUGCGGGAUGAGAAGAUGGGUCUAGCACUGUUUAAGACUCGAUACUUGGAGGUGACCCUGGCCCGGAUGGACUGGAGCUGCCCGUGUCCCAACAUCACCCUGGAGGAGGGCCCCCUGCUGGUGAUGGGUGAAGUGCAGGAUGGCAUGGCCCUGAUUCAGCCUGACAGCUAUGUGCGGCCCAUCUCAGACCGCCGCCUAAGGAAGAUACAUGAGGUGCUGGGCAAGAGGACCUGUGAGAUGCUGCAGAGGUUCCAGGACUGA